AAAUGAGUGUUCAUAAGGUCAGAGUGAACUUCGUAUGCUACCCUUCUCUUCAAUCAGCUCAUUUCGAAUCAACACAGGGACGACGUUUCCAGCGUUUGACAGGAUCCUUUGGUCGAGUCCCACAACAAAAUGGACGACAAAGUCGUCCUCAUUACCGGGUCUAGCUCCGGGAUUGGAGAGGGGAUUGCCAAACACAUGGCCAAGAUUGGUUACAAGCGAAUUGCGUUGUUGGCACGGAGGGAGGAUCGGCUGCAAGAAGUGCGGGAAGACCUCUUGACUUUGGGAGCCACAGCGGUGUUGGUCUUGAAGGCCGACCUGACCGUCCCCGAGGAGUGUGAUCAAGCCAUUCAAAAGAUCAAGACCACGUUUGGCCGGCUGGACGUCUUAGUUAACAAUGCCGGAGACUACGACGGAAUCGCCAAAAUCAAAGACUUGUCCUUGGAAAAGUUCAAGCAUAUCAUUGAUGUGAACCUGACCAGCCAGUUCUACAUAACCAAGAUCUCUUUGAAUCUCCUGGAAGCCACCAAGGGGAACAUUGUGUUCAUUUCCUCUAUUGCAGCGUCCUCCAAUUGCGAAGGAACCGGGGAUUACGGGGCAGCCAAGGCUGGCUUGAACCAAUUCGCCCACAUUUUGGCCAGAGAAGAAGCCGAUGCUGGAGUGAGAGUCAACACCGUUUCGCCGGGAUUCAUUCCCAUCAUUGGCAAAAAUGGAUGCACAGUGGCCGUAGCUGAGCAUUGGGGACCACAAAUGCAACCUUUGAAAGAAUGGGGCCAAGUUGAGGACAUCGCCAAGGCCGUGGGAUUUUUGACGUCUGCCGAUGCCAAGUUCAUCACCGGAUCCAACCUAGUUAUUGACGGUGGAGCCCAAACUAACUAUUCCAUGCUAACAUUGUCUGUAGAUCAUCAUUGAAAAAAAAAAUCAAAAAUAUUUUUGAGAAACAUGUUCAACAAAUAAAAAUCUCAAUAAAUAAUUUGACUUGA